AGGCGGGCAGCGAGGCAGCUUCCCCCUUGCAGCUGGCGCCCGCAGCCCAAGAGCGGCCGCCGCCGCGUGCUAGCGGCGGUGGCGAUCGGCAGCAACAGCAGCAGGAGCAAGAGCAGCAACAGCAGCAGCAGCAGCAGCAGCAGCAGCAGCAGCAGCAGCAGCAGCAGCAGCAGCAGCAUCACAGAGCGCGACAACGCGAGGAACAGCAGCAGCAGCAGCAAGACCAUGCAGGGGUGGAGUUGAAGCCAGUUCGGGCCAACCCAUUCCUAGGGGUCGACCAUUUGCUUGCCAACACCCGGCGACCGCUGGUGAAAGCACGCCCAGGGGUCAGCAGCAGCAACGGCGACGGCGCCGGCAGCGGCAGCAGCGGCAAAAGCGGCGGAGUUGGCAAGGGCGGCAGCACGAAUUUGGAGAGCAACGAUGGCUUUAGCAGCGGCGAGCGCGCCACGAUCCCGACAAGCAGCGCCGGCGCAGAGGACGCGUCUCCCGGAUGA